AUGUCCUCAAUAGACUUCCUUCUCAGCUGGCACCCUAUCCUAAUCCUUUAUGAAAAGCUGAACAUGCAAAGACUGCUCUUUGCUGUUUCAUUUCUCCAAAUCUCAGGAUUUGGGAUCAGAAUUACAAGUUGGCAAACCUACACAGAGUUUGUAGCUUUCUGUGUCAAGCACAGGCUCUGGCUCCAGACAGGGACUCAAGGUGCUUUUGGGAAGCCCCAGGGCACCAUGGCCAGAGCCCACAUUGGCCAGGUCAUCAUGUCCAUCCGUACCAAGCUGCAGAACAAAGAGCAUGUGAUCGAGGCCCUGCGCAGGGCCAAGUUCAAGGUCCCUGGACGCCAGAAGAUCCACAUCUCCAAGAAGUGGGGCUUCACCAAGUUUAAUGCAGAUGAGUUUGAAGACAUGGUGGCUGAAAAGCGCCUCAUCCCAGACAGCUGUGGAGCCAAAUACAUCCCCAACUGUGGUCCCCUGGACAAGUGGCUGGCCCUGCACUCCUAAGAGCCUCAGAGGUGUCCCUUAGUU